CAUGGUUGCUUUAACUGGUGUGAACGUCGCUGUAAAGAAGAACUGCAAUUCCCGGCAUGCUCCUGGAUAGAGCGUGGCGCGCCUAGCUCCUUCUUUUUGGACUCCAUUUCCCAGAGUGCAACGGGGCUUGGAGCUAUAUUUGAAUGGAGAGGGGGGGCGAUAAAGCUGCUCGCUUCGGACUUCCCCUCUAGGCCAAGUACCCAGAGAAGUUGGUUGCAAAGACAACAGCAGGAGUCAUGACUCGAUGGGGCCUCUCGUUCCGGAGCUGCUUCCAGCCCCUGCCAAAACCAAUCUUGGCCAUAGUAGCACUGCUUGUGCUCACUCACAUAGGAAUAACCGAUGCCCAGCAGUACCGGAAUGAGCCAAAGCGAGCAAAGUAUGCCGAACCGGACUUUCUGUCCCAAGUGGGUCGUGCCAUGAGCGAGACAAUGGAGGAUUUGAUUGGACGAGAGAACUUUAGAAUAUUGAAUGAGAAUAUUUCUUCCCUGGUCUGGAUGGUGUCCUCUGGGAUCUCUUCAGCAUUAUUUGUUGUGGCUCAAAUUACAGGGCAGCUCCUUACUUCCUUUGGAAUAGCUGGGGAGCGUGCAACUCAGUUCCUGAAGCUAAACCCUGAACAGGUUCAGACAGCGCUGCUCUGGGGCCUGGCUGCUCUGCUUGGUUACUGGGUGUUGUCGCUGCUGUUGAGUGUGUUGGUCGCCAUCUUGAGCCGCAUCAUGUGGGGCCUCAAGUUUGUCCUCUUUGGGGCCUGCUUUAUGUUUAUUGUCACCUCAGUGCCUGAUCGCUCUGUGCAAACUAUGCUUCUGUCAGGUUUACUUACGCUGUAUGUCCUGCUUGGUUGGCUGAGUGGGUCAAACCACUCCGGGGCCCGACUAGAAGCCGAAGUGCGCAGCUUGAAGUGUCAAGUGGCAGAGCUGCAGCGCAGGCAGAGGCGCUCUGCCAAGCACCUGGAUGAAGAAUGAAGUUUGGGGAAGCUUAUAAUCUCCAUGUAUCUUCAAUAAGAGGCAACUGUUUUCUGCCUGUCUUCACUUACUCCCUGAUUCCCUCCUAGACUGUUGAUGCUCUCUUGUGAGUCUUUCACUCAUAGCUAAGCAAGAACAUGCAAAUACUUAAUGGAACUUCUGUACAGGAGAAGAAAGAUUCUGGGAUACUGUCUUACCAAUUGUCACUCCAGUGACCUGUUAAAAGCUCUCUCCAUCUCUUGACUUUCCUGUCGUGUGUUUUGUUUUGGGUUCUUUCAUACCUCCUCCUUCUAGACCUCUACCUUUCAUCUUCCUCUUGGAUGAUGAGCUUGCUGGUGAAGUGAGGGUGCUGUUCACUCAAUUAUUACUUUUAAUACCAGUUUCUCUAUAGUGCUGCAUAUCGGGAUAGAAGAAUGGGGUGUUGAAGAGAUCGCUCUGAGAAUCUCGGUCUCGUAUGUUUCACUAGCAUGCCAGUAUGUAUAUCGGACAGUAAAGGCAAGUGCCUUCUUGAAAGCUAAAGCUGAUUGUCAUGAUUGUGAUGACAACAGAACAAACCACAAUGUUGUGUUUUUGUGUGUGUGUGUGUGUGUGCGCAUGCAUAUGCUGGAAAAGCGUGUUUCAUUUCCAGCUCCUUAUAAGCCAAAGAUACUCAUGUAGAACCAAUGGCAAGUAGCAUUCAGCUGCUUUGUUCUGGGCAGAAAUAAGCCAUAGACAAAAGUGAAUGUUUGUAGCUCUUCCCUCCAGACAGAAUUUGUACCUCUACCAAAUGGAAUCACAAGCCCAGACUCAAGUACUUUUUCUGCUUGUUUUGGCUUGGAGGCAUAACUCACUCAACGGUAUAAGCCACAUAUCUGUUACCAACAUAUAUUUUUAAACUGCCAGUUUUUAAACAAAUGGGGUAUUUUUACACUCUUCUAAAUAAAAGCGUAUGUAAUCAUU